AAUCAAGCUGUUGGGCGCGGGAAGAGGCCGGACCUAAGAUGGCGGCGCCCACGGGUGCCAGGAAGAGCCGCUCAUGUCGGGUAACGGAGCGGUGUGGGGUCGAGUGCGAAGCCGACUCCGCGCCUUCCCCGAGCGCCUGGCGGCCUGUGGGACCGAGGCCGCGGCCUACGGCAGGUGCGUGCAGGCAUCCACCGCCCCGGGCGGCCGCCUGACCAAGGACCUUUGCGCGCAAGAGUUCGAAGCCCUGCGGCGCUGCUUCGCCGCCGCGGCCAAGAAGACCUGACAGGAGGCCAGUAGGAGGGGUCCACAGGCUCCACCGCAUGCCCUCCCCACCCCAGUGAUGGCCCCCAAGGGCAAACGUCUAAAGCCUCCAAGGCAGAAAGGACGGGAAAUGCACCAGGGAAGGGUUGGCAGCCUCGCGCGUGUAAGGAUCUGGGGUAGUGACGGCGAACCCACAAUAAAGACCGGUGGGAGCUCAAA